AUGUCAACACCAUGGAAACUUAAUACACACAGUAACUUAGCGACAAGAAAGCCUCGUGGUCCUACUUUAUUAAAAGAUGUUUGGAAACUUUCUCCCGGAAAGACAAUUGAUGUGUCGUUUAAUAGUCGUAACCAAUCUAUUGAGAAAGAGGGCCGAAAGCUUACUAGCUUUCUAGGAAUUGUUGCGAGAACUCUAGAAUUAACACCUCUAAAUAUAGAUGAUUGGAGAAAUUUUGACAACGAGCAAAAGAAGAAAUUGGUGAAUUUUGUAAGGAAGAAGUUCUCUUUUCCAAAAAGUGGAGAAGCGUUUGUCUUAAAGUCACUAGGAAAGAAAUGGAAAGACUACAAGUGUGAAAUUAAAGGUGAGUAUAUGUCAAAAUAUAAGACUAAAGACUCUUUGCUGAAAAAUAGACCAAAUCGCAGACCGAGAGAUCAAUGGAGUGGUCUAGUGUCUUAUUGGCUUUCUGAUAAAGCAAAGAGGCGUACCCAAGCAAAUAGAAACAAUAGGGCCAAUCAAAAGAUGCCUCACACAAGAGGAUCCAAAAGUAUUGCUACAUUGAUGCAUGAGCAGAGUGGGUAUGUACGUGGUUUAGGACUUGGUCCAACUCCUUCAGUUCUAUGGGGUAGUAAAUCUUCCGUAGAAAAUAUUGUUGUAGAAGAUUCAUCUAAUGAGGUUGUACAAAGGUCUCUGCAGCCUCUACCUGUUGUGGGUCUAUCCAAGCCUUCUCCAUAUUCCCCUGUAAUCCAGUUGUCUCAUUCCUUUUCCAAGCCACUGAAGUAA